AUGGCCGACAACACGGCAGAGUCUGGCGAGACCCAGCUGACAUUUAAGGUCAAGUCCUCUGGCGAGCGCCUGCAUACCGUCACCAUUUCCGACUCGGCCACUGUCCUGGACCUCAAGACCAAGCUCUCGGAGAAGGACUAUGAGGACAUCCCGGUCGACCGCCAGCGACUGAUCUACUCCGGAAGGGUCAUGAAGAACGAAGAUGCGUUGAGCAACUACAAGAUCAAGCAGGGCAAUACCAUCCACCUGGUCAAGAGUGCUGCUUCCAACCCAGUGCCGCCGCCUGCAUCUGCCUCGGCGCAGACCCCGCAGGCUAUACCCUCCAACAUGGCGUCCGGGACCUCUGCCAACAACCCCUUGGCUGGCUUGACCGGUGCUCGGUUCGCAGGCCAUGUGCCGCUCCCGAACCAGAACCUCUUCGGCCCAGAUGGCGGUAUGAACCUCCCGUCGGAAGACCAGAUGAUAGAUAUGCUCGGGAACCCGCAAGUCGCCCAGAGCUUGAAUGAAGCCCUCAACAACCCCGCCUUCAUUGACUUCAUGAUCCAACAAAAUCCUAUGCUUCGAGAUGUGCCCAACGCCCGCGAGAUGCUCCAGUCCGACUCUUUCAGGAACAUGAUGACCAAUCCGGAAGCCAUCAGAGCCGCUAAUAGGAUGCGCCGCAUGAUGUCUGGUGGUCAAGGCUUGGGAGGCUUCCCUGCUCCCGGUGCGACUGACAAUACCCCGGCCGGCGCCCCUGCUUCUGGCACCGACGCGGGCAGCAACACUGCUAAUAGCAACAAUGCCGCCAACCCAUUCGGCUUCAAUCCUUUUGCCGCGAACGCCCCGAAUCCGUUCCUUGCUCUGCUCAACCCCCAGGCUGGAGCAUCAGGUGGCACCCCUGCGGCGAACACCGACUCGGCACGCGAGGGCGCUGGGUCGCCGCCAGCUGGAGGACAAGCCCCCGGUGCUAACAACGCCGCCGCCAAUCCCUGGGCAGCCUUGCUCGGUCUUCCGCCCCAGGGCGGACAAGCUGGCGGCUUCCCUCAGAUGAACCCCGAGGCGAUGCAACAGGCGUUGCAAGCUCUGGGCCUGGGGAUGCCCGGUGGUGGUGGUGGUGCUGCCGCGCCCCCUGACAACAGGCCGCCUGAGGAGCGCUAUGCCGAACAGCUCCGCCAGCUCAACGACAUGGGGUUCUACGACUUUGACCAGAACGUGGCGGCUCUUCGGAGGAGCGGCGGUAGCGUGCAGGGCGCUAUCCAGCAUCUUCUCGGAGAUUGA